AUGACGCGGCGGCUAGGGGCUCCUGGGUGGCCCAGUGUAUUGCGCUCGGGGCUUGCGCACCGCCAGGCGCGGCCUCCCCUGAAGGGCGGGCGGCUGGCCCCGCCGCAGCUGCAGCUCCUCGUGGGGGCCCGGCCGUGGCCGCACGUUUGCACUACGCACGCGCGUCCCACGCGCCGCGAGUCUCCCGCGCGCCCGCCCAGUUCGGCCGCCCAGCUUAACACGCACGCGCGCCCCACGCGGCCGGGGCUUUGGCGCCCCCGCCUCACCGGGCCCGGGCGCCUCCUGCGCGCUCCUUUCCCUCCGGAAGAUAUUAGAUGUACCCGCUACCCGCUCCUCGCGGGCCGUCGUGCAAUGCUAUCCGCGCUCCGCGCGCCCCUCCUCCUCAAGUCCGUCCUCUCUGAAACCUUGGCAGCGAAGAGGGAUCACAUUUCCUUUGUCAUCGGGCCAUUUCGCCCUCUUCUAAGUCCCCCCUCCGAUCCUGAGCCACGGGGACGGAGUCUUCUCCUGGGCACGCUGGAGUCAGUGGAAUCUGCAAUGUCCCCACGCGCCGAGCUCAGGAGCCGCGUGGUCAAUGCUGCCCGCCAGCACCCGCGUCAUCUUCCUUCUGGAACGAGUCGCGGAACAGGAAUUGGGUGGCCUACCAGGCUUUGCACAUGCGGGCCCUGGCCUCCCAGGGCUUUCACAACACCCCCACUUCGAGCGGCGUGUGCGCGCGCGCACCCCCUCUUUCUCUGCUUUGCCGCCUCUUCCUCCUUCACCUCCUCCUCUUCUCAGUACGCUGGUUAUUGGGAGUGA